GCGAACCAGUGACCGCGCAGUUCCUUUUUGCUUCAGACGUUUGUAAGCUGGUACAGAGAGCACGUCUGUGUGUGCUGUGUGUAGUGGCUCUACAUCCCAACCUAACUGAAAGAUACUGUAACGUUGCAAGCAUGGAGCUGAAUGAUGCCAAUCUCCAAACCCUGACGGAGUUCCUAAGGAAAACACUGGACCCAGACCCAACAGUCAGGCGUCCUGCUGAGAAGUUUCUUGAAUCUGUGGAGGGAAGCCAGAACUACCCUUUGUUACUUCUCACUUUGCUGGAAAAGUCCCAAGACAAUGUGAUUCGUGUCUGUGCUGCGGUUACAUUCAAGAAUUACAUUAAAAGAAACUGGCGAAUUGUUGAAGAUGAACCAAACAAAAUCUCUGAUGCAGACCGAACAGCUAUUAAAGCCAACAUUGUAAAUUUAAUGCUGAGCAGCCCAGAACAGAUUCAAAAACAGCUGAGUGAUGCCAUCAGCAUCAUAGGAAGAGAAGACUUUCCUCAAAAAUGGCCAGACCUUCUAACGGAGAUGGUGACCCGCUUUAGAAGUGGAGACUUCCACAUCAUCAAUGGGGUGCUUCGGACUGCACAUUCCCUCUUUAAGAGGUACCGCCACGAGUUCAAGUCAAACGAGCUUUGGUCUGAGAUAAAACUUGUACUGGACACAUUUGCCCUACCUUUGACAGAGCUGUUCAAGGCCACAAUUGAGUUGUGUCAGACUCACACUAAUGACAUCCAUGCCUUGAAAGUUCUCUUCUCAUCUCUGACGCUCAUCUCCAAACUUUUCUAUAGUCUUAACUUUCAGGACCUCCCAGAGUUUUUUGAGGACAACAUGGAAACCUGGAUGACAAAUUUCCAUGGCUUACUGACUUUGGAUAAUAAGCUUUUACAGACAGAUGAUGAGGAGGAGGCCGGCCUUCUGGAGCUGCUGAAGUCUCAGAUAUGUGACAAUGCUGCUCUCUAUGCCCAGAAGUAUGAUGAGGAAUUUCAGCCGUUCCUGCCACGCUUUGUUACUGCCAUCUGGAACCUUUUAGUCUCUACUGGCCAAGAAGUCAAAUAUGAUCUGCUUGUAAGUAAUGCUAUCCAGUUUUUGGCAUCGGUCUGUGAAAGACCACACUACAAGCAUCUGUUUGAGGACCAAAAUACACUCACUAGCAUUUGUGAGAAGGUUAUUGUGCCCAACAUGGAGUUCAGAAGUGCAGACGAGGAGGCCUUUGAAGAUAACUCUGAAGAAUACAUUCGAAGAGAUCUUGAAGGAUCUGACAUUGACACUCGCCGUAGGGCAGCAUGCGACUUGGUGAGAGGCCUCUGUAAGUUUUUUGAGGGACCCGUCACAGCAAUCUUCUCUGGCUAUGUGAACUCGAUGCUUACAGAAUAUGCAAAAAACCCCAGAGAGAACUGGAAACACAAGGAUGCUGCCAUCUAUCUGGUCACAUCACUAGCAUCCAAAGCUCAGACACAGAAGCAUGGAAUAACACAAGCUAAUGAGUUGGUGAAUCUGACCGAAUUCUUUGUGAACCACAUUCUUCCAGACUUAAAAUCCUCCAAUGUUAAUGAAUUUCCUGUGCUGAAGGCAGAUGCAAUCAAGUAUGUGAUGAUCUUCAGAAGUCAGCUUCCCAAAGAGCAGCUGCUGCAGGCAGUUCCUCUUCUGAUAACUCACCUGCAGGCUGAAAGCACGGUCGAACACACUUAUGCUGCCCAUGCUUUGGAGAGGUUGUUUACUUUGAGAGGCCCCAACAACACAACACUCAUCACUUCUGCAGAGAUGGCACCUUUUACUGAACAGCUGCUCAACAACUUGUUCAAAGCGCUGGCUCUUCCUGGUUCUGCAGAAAACGAAUAUAUCAUGAAGGCUAUCAUGCGCAGCUUCUCCUUGCUGCAGGAUGUCAUUGUUCCCUACAUUCCCACUCUGAUUGGUCAGCUAACUCAAAAGCUCCUCUUAGUGAGCAAGAAUCCUAGCAAGCCUCACUUUAAUCACUACCUGUUCGAGUCCCUGUGCCUGUCGGUGAGGAUCACCUGCAAAGCCAACCCCCCCACAGUUAGCAGCUUCGAGGAAGCACUCUUCCCUGUCUUCACCGAGAUCCUUCAGAACGAUGUCCAGGAGUUUCUUCCAUACGUGUUUCAGGUGAUGUCCCUCCUCCUAGAAAUCCACUCCAACUCCAUUCCCUCUUCCUACAUGGCUUUAUUCCCUCACUUGCUGCAGCCUGUUUUGUGGGAACGGACAGGGAACAUUCCUCCUCUUGUGCGCCUACUUCAAGCUUACCUUGAGAAGGGAGGUGCUAGCAUUGCUGCUUCUGCUGCUGACAAAAUACCUGGCUUACUUGGAGUUUUCCAAAAGCUUAUUGCUUCCAAGGCCAAUGACCACCAAGGUUUUUACCUUCUCAACAGCAUCAUAGAGCACAUGCCCCCAGAAUCUCUCACCCAGUACAGGAAACAGAUCUUCAUUUUGCUCUUUCAGAGGCUACAAAGCUCUAAAACCACCAAGUUCAUCAAGAGUUUCUUGGUGUUUGUCAACUUGUAUUGUGUCAAAUAUGGAGCGAUAGCACUUCAGGAGAUUUUUGACAGCAUCCAGCCAAAAAUGUUUGGCAUGGUAUUGGAGAAAAUUGUUAUUCCAGAGGUUCAGAAGGUGUCUGGAGCAGUUGAGAAGAAGAUUUGUGCUGUUGGUAUCACAAAAGUCCUAACAGAGUGUCCUGCAAUGAUGGACACGGAGUACACUAAACUCUGGACCCCUCUGCUGCAGGCUCUUAUUGGCCUGUUUGAGUUACCAGAAGAUGACAGCAUCCCAGAUGAUGAGCACUUCAUUGACAUCGAAGACACACCAGGCUAUCAGACGGCAUUCUCACAGCUGGCCUUUGCUGGAAAGAAGGAGCACGACCCAAUAGGAGAUGCCGUGGGCAAUCCAAAAAUCCUGCUGGCUCAGUCCCUCCACAAGCUUUCCACUGCCUGUCCUGGAAGGGUUCCUUCUAUGCUGAGCACCAAUUUGAAUGCAGAGGCCCUCCAGUUCCUGCAGGGGUACCUACAGGCAGCCACUGUGCAACUUGUGUAAAACUGAUGUGACAAUGGAGAGUUGUUGAAACCACAGUACGCUGCAGCCAGAGACCCCAGGUCACAUGACGGAUCCACUUCAGCUGAAUUUCAGACUUUACAAAUGUUUGAUGGAAUUACAAGAGAAGUAUUUUUGCUUGAGUUAAGGAUGUGUCUUCUGAUGGAAGAUUUUUAAUGGUUUUAAAGACACAACCAAGUAGGCAAAACCAAAUUAUGUUUGUUUGAUUUUUUUUUUUUUGGACUAACAAGGAUUUGGAUAUGGUGAAUAUGGAUUGGUACUGGUGCAGUUAUCUGUGUUGGCAACAUCAGCAGCAGCAAAGGUGAAAUGAACAGUGUUGUGAAAUACAAAACAGCUCAAAUAAACGGAAAAGAUUUACUUAGUGCUGUUUUCUUUUUGUAUGUUUGAAUUCCUUUUUAUAGUCAAUGAGACUUAAUUGUGCGGUUCAUAUUUUCUUGUUGCAUGUUUCCCUCAAAUUUGUUAAUGUGUAGUCCUUUUUUCCCCGCACCUGCUAUUGUGAAUAAAGAGGCACUUGUAUAAAUCUGUUA